AUGGUUGUUACGGGAUGUUAUGUUAACAAAAAGUGUAAUUAUCCUGUCACCAGAUUUCGCAACAUCAGCUGCAUCCUGCCUGGUUCCUCUCAUGACGCUUCAGCACUUAAGGCUUCAAAGUUGUACAACAAUGCCCAUGAACUGAUACCUCAGGGCAAUAUUGUGAUUAAUGGGACGCCGGUACCUUUUCUAAUACUUGGAGACCCUGCGUAUCCUCUGCUGCCAUGGCUUAUAAAACCAUUCAUACAUAACAGUAGAAUUACACAAGAGCAGGUUUACUUCAAUGAAUGCCUCAGCUCCGGGAGGGUUGUCGUCGAACAUGCAUUUGGUCGGCUCAAGAGCCGCUGGCGCAUCCUCCUCAAACGCACUGACGUGUACUACAAGUUUGUCCCAACUCUUGUUGCUACAGCGUGCAUGUUGCACAACUUCUGUGAGGAAAACAACGAAAGAAUUAACCCAAGGUGGGCAACAGAUAACACUUGUCAACAAAUGUUCCCACAACCAACGAGGCAAGCUCAAGUGGGUUCCAGGGAUGAAUGUAUCCGGAACGUAUUAUGUUCCUACGUUGCUGCAAGGCGUGCACACUGAUUGUAAUCCCUGCACCUUACCCUCAGGAUCAGGCGAAGGGAGGUCAUCUUCACGGCUAUUGCUUUGGCUGUCAAGUUCAACCUCACUGGCAGCAGGAGCUACAAGGAAAUUUUGAAUCAUCAGCUUCAGCAAAAGCCUGUGGAAGCUACAAACAAGGAACUCACUCCCUUACUAAGCACAUGUUUCAUGUUGGACAAAACCGAGUGUUUGAAAAUGUUUAAAAUAUAACAACCCAUGCACCAUUUUGUACU